UGACAAUUCGCGCCGGCGCGCAAGUGCGUGUAAUUAAUAAAUGAGAAGCCAUGUCACAAAAAAGGAUGUAUCCUCUGGUGCCGUAAAGAGAAAGAAGAAAAGGACAGAGGAGGAGAAGAAAGAGCAAGAUAAAGGAACACUGUUAAAGUACUUUGGAGCACAACCAACUCUACCCGGCCCUGAUGUUUCAUCAAGUGUAAGUGCCUCCACAGCUGAUGAUACAGCAGGUUCAUCCACUGCAGAGUUACAAGCACCUGAAAGCGAGAAGCAGUUACAAGCACUUACAUUCACUGAUACAUCGGUUUCAACCUCAGCCGGCAUGACAGGUCCUUCUACACCUGCACCCACUGCUAUAGAUUUCCCAACAGCUCCUCCAAUUGACCCUGUUGAAUGGUCAGAACUCCUGUCAGACUCAGAAAGGACUGAUCUGGUAAGAAGAGGGCCAGUGCCAAUAAGUGACACCUUCACCUUCCCCAAGAAAUCAGAUGGACGAAGCUUUCACUACCACUAUACAUACAGACAAUUAGCCAACAAUGGGAACUUCCUUAAAGAGGUGGAACUGAUAGCAAAAUUUGACCCGGUGUUAAAAGACCACAUCAGACAAAUUGAUAGUGGAAUACAGCACAACACGUACCUAGUCACUCUGGGCAAAGCACCAGAAAUAAAAGAGCACUUUUUAGGUUUCCUGAUAGCUCCAGAAUCCACUGGACUGGGUUUGUCCAGUCUAAUUCUUAACAGGCUUCAGGAAUUGAACAUCCCUUUUCACGAUUGUCGGGGGCAGUCCUAUGACAAUGGGGCUAAUAUGAAGGGAAAAAACAAAGGUGGGCCUUCUUACGGAAGUUUGUUGACCUCACCCUCAAGUCCUGGAGUGAGACACGCUGGGAAAGCCGGAUAA